AUGCUCGCACGUCGCCUCAUUCGCACUCUACAACAUCGCAGCGGAGCUUUGUCUUCAGCAGCUUGCUCUGUGCAAGUACCCAAUGUCGCUAGAUUAACACCCAAGUCGACGUUGAAAAUUGUUCCAGUGUCGCCGUUCUUGGCUCGCGGCGGUGCGAUGCGCUCCAUGUUCAUCCAGACCGAGUCGACGCCCAACCCGCAAAGCGUCAAGUUCUUGCCGGGGCGCGCGGUUCUAGACGAUCGCUUCACAACAGGCGUAGACUUCACGCCCUCAUCAGAGGAAGUGCGUCGCUCUCCGCUGGCCAAAAAAUUAUUUCAAAUUGAAGGAGUGUCACGAGUGUUCUUUGGCAAAGACUUCAUCUCAAUCACCAAGCUGGAUGACGAGGAUUGGGAUGCUUUAAACGCUGAGAUCUUUGCAACCAUUAUGGAUUUUUUUGCAUCUAACGAGGAAGUGAUGUCCGAUGAGCCAGUAAUUACGGACACGACGAUUCUGCCAGACGACGAUGAAGUGGUGGCUAUGAUCAAGGAGUUGCUCGAGCAGCGAAUUCGCCCUUCAGUGCAAGACGAUGGUGGAGACAUUUUUUACAAGGGUUUUAAUGAGAAGACUGGCAUGGUAUCGGUUCAGCUUGCAGGUUCAUGCGCUGGCUGCCCUAGCUCGUCGGUGACGCUUAAGCAUGGCGUGGAAAACAUGCUUAAGCACUAUAUUCCAGAGGUGCGCGGCAUUGAAGAGUGGGUUGAUGAAGAACUCAACGCUGUUAACGAAAAAGAAUUUCGCUCGCUGGAAGACAAACUACGCUCUGUCGGGAUUCCUAGUGAAUAA